AUGCCUGAUGCUCGUUCCGAUCCGGACGGAGGCCCGUGUCGGAGGACCUACUGUGGUCGGGGCAGACAGUGCGUGCUGAUGGCAGAGACCGGGCGGGCGGAGUGUGUCUGUCAGGAGAAAUGCCACCCCUCCUUCGUGCCGGUCUGCGGCUCGGACGGCCGCUUCUACGAGAACCACUGCGAGGUUUACCGGACCGCCUGCCUGGAGAGGAGGCGGAUCUACGUGGUGCACAGCAAAGACUGCUUCUUCAAAGUCUUUGAGCAGCACAGCCUUCAUAUGAUGUAA